AUGGCUAGCCCCAUUUAUCUUGGCGUUGUCGGUGUUGGCGGCGUGGGCAGUGCCUUUCUCGAACAGCUUGGACGACUUCCCAAUGCACCCAAGCUCAUUCUGCUCUCUCGCUCAUCACAAACCCUGUUGUCUCCGAAGCAAGAUGAUUCGCCAAGCAUCCCUGCCACUGACUGGACAACUGCCGCGGCAACGCCUUCGCUCAUCAAGACUGGCCACGCUCUCUCGCCAAAAGCAAUGGCCGAGUACCUCGCGUCUGCUCCAGGCCGUGCUAUUCUCGUGGAUACUACAACCGACCUCAUUCUGGCACAGGCGUACCCUAUUUUCUUGAAGAAGGGCAUAUCCGUGGUGACACCUAAUAAAAAAGGAUUCUCCUCGAACGUUUCGCUAUGGCACGACAUUUUCGCUUCGGCGGCACAGGGACAUGCGCUUGUGUACCACCAAGCCACGGUGGGCGGAAGCCUCCCGGUGUUGUCAACACUCCGAGAUCUAAUAGCGACGGGUGAUGAAAUUAUUCGGAUCGAAGGUGUGCUGUCCGGGUCACUCUCGCUCUUAUUUGACCAAUUUAUGCCUGCGCAUGGUAGCUCAGAUGGGCAGUGGAGCACUCUCGUGGCACAUGCCAGGGAAAUAGGACACACGGAGCCGGAUCCGCGCGAUGAUUUGAACGGCAUGGAUUUUGCGCGGAAGCUGACGAUCCUCGCGCGGGUCCUUGGUCUGGACGUUGCGAGCCCGGAUUCUUUCCCUGUUGAGUCGCUGAUUCCCGUGGAGCUGGCGUCGCUGCCAUCUGCUGCAGACUUUAUGGACCAGCUACCUAGGUUUGAUGUUCAGAUGGACAGUUUGAAAGAUAAGGCUCGGAAGCAGGGUAAGGUUGUGCGGUAUGUUGGCAGCAUUGAUGUACCCACCAAGGCCAUCAAGGUGGGCCUAAAGCACUUUAGCAAGGACAACCCUAUCGCCAAUCUUAAGGGGAGCCAGAUUAUUAGCAUAUAUACUAAGCGCUACGGUGAUACUCCACUGAUUCUCAAAGGUGGCGGUGGAGGCGGCGAAAUCACGGCUAUGGCUGUCAUGGCUGACUUGCUUAAAGUAAUGGAGAGGCUGAACUAG